CACUCCGACCGGGGUCGGCUCCACCCCCUCCUCCGGCCUCUCCUCCACCGCGACCGGGAGCUGCCCCGCUCCGUCCCCACAGCCUCGGUCCGGAGCCGUGCAGCCAGCCCGCGUCAUCUGAUGCUGUUUCCUGCAGGAGGGAGAAGAGCGGAAAAAAGUGAAACUCCACCCUCCACCUCUGCCUCCCGCCCCCGGGGCCAAAGUACAAAGGGAGGAGGAAGAAGGGAAGGGGUUGGAGCCGUCGGGCCGAGGGAGCUGGGCCAGGAAGGGGCAGCCCGGCCCGCCGAGGGACGCCCCGGCCGCCCCGCGCAAACAGACCUGCCCGGAGGCCAGCGCUGCCCCUCGCCGCCCCCCUCCCGCUCGGCGGGCGCCGGGCCGGCUCCGGACUGCCGAGGGGCGCCGGGCCCUCCGGAGCUGGCGAUGGUGAGACGCCGGACACCCCGGGGUCCCGGCCCCCGGGCCUGACCGCGCCGCCGCGCCGCGCCCUCCGAAAGCCCGCGAUGCGGCGGGCCCGGAGGCGAUCCCGGCUCCCCCGAGAGGCGCGGGCCUGGGCUGAGGCCGGGGCCCGCCUGCCCGGGGCCCAGGACUAGGGCCUCCGCGGCCGGCAGGGGUGGAGACCGGGGCGCUCCGGCCGGUCCCCCGCACCCCGGCGCCGGCGCCCGCGCCCGCGCCCGCCAUGGAGCCCUUGAAGAACCUCUUCCUCAAGAGCCCGCUGGGGUCCUGGAACGGCGGGGGCGGGGGCGGGGGCGGCGGCGGAAGCUGGCCGGAGGGGUCCCCGAAAGCAGCAGCUUACGCCAACCCCGUGUGGACAGCCUUGUUUGACUACGAGCCCAACGGGCAGGACGAGCUGGCCCUGCGGAAGGGGGACCGGGUGGAGGUGCUGUCCCGGGAUGCAGCCAUCUCCGGCGACGAGGGCUGGUGGGCGGGCCAGGUGGGCGGCCAGGUAGGCAUCUUCCCGUCCAACUACGUGUCCCGGGGCGGCCCGCCCCCCUGCGAGGUGGCCAGCUUUCAGGAGCUGCGGCUGGAGGAGGUGAUCGGCAUCGGCGGCUUCGGCAAGGUCUACCGCGGGAGCUGGCGGGGGGAGCUGGUGGCCGUGAAGGCCGCUCGGCAGGACCCCGACGAGGACAUCAGCGUGACGGCCGAGAGUGUGCGCCAGGAGGCCCGGCUCUUCGCCAUGCUGGCGCACCCCAACAUCAUCGCCCUCAAGGCGGUGUGCCUGGAGGAGCCCAACCUGUGCCUGGUGAUGGAGUACGCGGCCGGGGGCCCCCUCAGCCGCGCCCUGGCCGGGCGGCGUGUCCCCCCCCACGUGCUGGUCAACUGGGCUGUGCAGAUCGCCCGCGGGAUGCACUACCUGCACUGUGAGGCCCUCGUGCCCGUCAUCCACCGCGACCUCAAGUCCAACAACAUUCUGCUGCUGCAGCCCAUCGAGGGUGACGACAUGGAGCACAAGACCCUGAAGAUCACGGACUUCGGCCUGGCCCGCGAGUGGCACAAAACCACGCAAAUGAGUGCCGCGGGCACCUACGCCUGGAUGGCGCCCGAGGUCAUCAAGGCUUCCACCUUCUCUAAGGGCAGCGACGUCUGGAGCUUCGGGGUGCUGCUGUGGGAACUGCUGACGGGAGAGGUGCCCUACCGAGGCAUCGACUGCCUGGCUGUGGCCUACGGGGUGGCCGUUAACAAGCUCACACUGCCCAUCCCAUCCACCUGCCCCGAGCCCUUCGCACAGCUCAUGGCCGAUUGCUGGGCGCAGGACCCGCACCGCAGGCCGGACUUCGCCUCCAUCCUGCAGCAGCUGGAGGCGCUGGAGGCCCAGGUCCUGCGGGAAAUGCCGCGGGACUCCUUCCAUUCCAUGCAGGAAGGCUGGAAGCGGGAGAUCCAAGGCCUCUUCGAUGAGCUUCGGGCCAAGGAAAAGGAGCUACUGAGCCGCGAGGAGGAGCUGACCCGCGCGGCGCGCGAGCAGCGCUCCCAGGCCGAGCAGCUGCGGCGGCGCGAGCACCUGCUGGCGCAGUGGGAGCUGGAGGUGUUCGAGCGCGAGCUGACGCUGCUGCUGCAGCAGGUGGACCGCGAGCGGCCGCACGUCCGCCGCCGCCGCGGCACCUUCAAGCGCAGCAAACUCCGCGCGCGCGACGGCGGCGAGCGCAUCAGUAUGCCGCUCGACUUCAAACACCGCAUCACUGUGCAGGCCUCGCCCGGCCUGGACCGGAGGAGAAACGUCUUCGAGGUUGGAGCUGGGGACUCGCCCACCUUCCCCCGGUUUCGGGCCAUCCAGUUGGAGCCUGCAGAGCCAGGCCAGGCCUGGGGCCGCCAGUCCCCUCGCCGGCAGGAGGACUCCAGCAAUGGAGAGCGCCGCGCCUGCUGGGCCUGGGGUCCCAGUUCCCCCAAGCCCGGCGAAGCCCAGAACGGGAGGAGAAGGUCCCGCAUGGACGAAGCCACCUGGUACCUGGACUCGGAGGACUCCUCCCCCUUAGGAUCUCCUUCCACGCCCCCAACGCUCAAUGGUAACCCCCCGCGGCCGAGCCCAGAGCCCGAGGAGCCACGGCGGCCGGCCCCGGCGGAGCGCAGCAGCGGCUCCGGGACUCCCAAGCUGAUCCAGCGCGCGCUGCUGCGCGGCACCGCCCUGCUCGCCUCGCUGGGCCUCGGCCGCGACCUGCAGCCGCGUGGGGAGCCCCAGCCAGCGCCCCCCACCCUGUCCCCCACCCAGCCCCCGUCCUCACUGCCCUCCCGGCUCCUCCGCGCCUCCCCCAAGACGCCCGAAGCCCCCGCUUCCCGGUUGAGCCCCGAAGCCCCAGGCCCGCCCACCCCUGCGCCCCUGCUGCUGGAGCUGGGUGUCCCCGCGGGCCAGCCUUCGGCCAAGAGUCCCCGCCGCGAGGAAGCGAGGCGCGGAAGCACCUUUUCCCCCCCGCCGGGGGUGUCCCGCUCUGCCCCGGGCACCCCCGGGACCCCGCGCUCACCGCCCCUGGGCCUCAUCGGCCGGCCUCGGCCCUCCCCCCUGCGCAGCCGCAUCGACCCGUGGAGCUUCGUGUCCGCCGGACCGCGGCCCUCGCCCCUGCCCUCGCCACAGCCCGCGCCCCGCCGGGCGCCCUGGACCUUGUUCCCAGACUCAGACCCUUUCUGGGACUCUCCACCUGCCAACCCCUUCCGGGGGGCGCCUCAGGACUGUCGGGCGCAGACCAAAGACAUGGGUGCCCAGGCCCCGUGGGUGCCGGAGGCGGGGCCGUGAGUGGACCGGCUGCUCCCCACGCUCCAGCUGCCCCCGAGGAGCCACAGCAAACACUGGAACAGGAGCCGGGCCCGCCUCUGCCGCUGCCCUGGCUUCCCCCAGGGACCCGCCCCCCUGGGGGGCCAGGAACACUACGCUGCACAGGAAGCCUUCACACUGGAUGGGGGGCCUGCACCCCCCGCAUGUCUGCAACCUGUGGGUCCCCCGCCUUACCUGCCCCACGGGGCCUGACACUGUGCCCAGCUGGUUGGGAGGACCAUAGCCUGUCUCAGGGAAUCGCCCCCAGGGGUGGCGCAGGGAGGAGGGAGGUGCGAGGGCGAGGGGCCGGCCUCAGCUGUCACCAGCACUUUUGACCAAGUCCUGCUACUGUGGCCCCUGCCCCCGGGCUCAGUGCCUGAACCCCCUGCCCUGGGGGCCGUCUAGGGCCAGGGUUCUCUAGGUGCCUUCCUGCCGGCCCGGCCAGGGUUGGGGCCUUGGCCUCAGGAUCCAAUGAAGCCAAAUAAACUCCCCAAGCUAUCGCCCCAA